AACCCCGACACAGGCAGAUCUAGCAAAUUACGAUUAGAAACACGAGAGUGCCAGACAAUUGGGGAUGAGCUCCAAGGUGGGAUGCUAAGAUUCAUCCGCGUGUAUUUGUGUAAUCGGUUGCUGCGAUGAUUAUGAGGGGCUGACUUUGAUUAUUUGUGUGCCUGAAGCACACACAUUUUGGAGGUCGCAUCAUCUUUAUUCCGAAGAGUUUCCCUAUUGAUAAGCAACCGAUAUUAACACGAUGGAAAAAGAUCAACCUGGGUUACCUCAUCCGUACUUAUCGGGGAAUUUCGCUCCUAUCAAGCGUACCCGACCCCUUACAUGGUGUCCACAUAGCGGAACUAUACCACCUGAGCUCGCAGGAGGUCAAUAUGUUCGGAACGGAGCAAACCCACUUGCUAAUGAGGACCUAGCACGACAUGCUCAUUGGUUUGAUGGCGAUGGGAUGCUUAGUGGGGUAUUGUUUCGGCGGGAAAUGGGGGAGAGGAUCGAGCCCUACUUCGUAAACCAGUACAUUCUUACAGAUGUGUAUUUAAAUGCAAAAGGGAGUCACAGUUUACGGAGACCAUUGCUUCCGAGUAUCUCGACGCUCAUUGGAGCAUCAACCUUCGCCGUCAUCCUAGCUGUUGCGAGAACGAUCUUCCUCAUUCUAUUAUCGAGGCUUCCCGGCUCCCGCAAGGCCGUUAAAAAGAUCAGCGUGGCAAAUACCGGUAUGAUUUAUCACGAUGGCAGAGCUCUUGCAACAUGUGAGAGCGGGCCACCCAUGAGGUUUCAAUUGCCUGGUCUGGAAACAGUCGGGUGGUAUAAUGGGCGGAAAGCGGAGAAUGAGCGUGGUAACGAUGAACGCGCAGGCUUUGGCGGCGAGGGUCAUAUAAGCUUCAUGAAAGAAUGGACUACGGGACACCCGCGAGUCGAUCCGGUCACGAAGGAGCUCAUCUCAAUCCAUGCUGUGCUUGUCAAACCAUACGUUUUCUACUCGGUUAUCCCACCAGGAAGCAGGGUGGCUUCGAAGCACGAACGUGCACGAAGACCCAUCUUCGGUGCCUCCAUUACCGGGGUUCAUUCUCCGAAGAUGAUGCACGAUUUUGGCGUGGCCGCACAUCAUACCGUUAUCCUCGACCUUCCUUUAUUGAUGGAUCCUCUACGCCUCGUCUCGGGGAAGCCUAUGAUCGCAUUCGAUCCGGUUGGACGAUCACGCUAUGGGGUCUUUCCGCGUUAUGAACCGCACAGGAUUCAGUGGUUCGAGACAAAACAAUGCCUCAUUUUUCAUACGGCCAACUGUUGGGAGACAUACACGUUCCAACCAUUUGCGGAGACAUGCGUCCAUCUCGUGGCUUGCCGGCUGACAUCGGCCUCGGUGUUGUACAAUGCUGGUGCGCUCUCAUCGCCAACUCCCAAAGCAGUGCCACCAGAGUAUGUGGAGGAGGAUCAGUGCAGACUCUACUACUAUAGCUUCCCUCUCGUCCCCGAUAGUUUAGACGAAAAGCCAGUGAUCCGCAACCAGUGGGCGUUGUCAGCAAUUCCAUUUGAGUUUCCCACUGUAUCAGCCCAGUGUGCCAUGUCGGCAGCACGCUUCGUAUACGGCUGCAGCAUGGGCUCGCAGUCGCACUAUUCAACAGCCCUAGGGAAGGCAGCUAAAAUGGACUAUUUGGCCAAGAUUGACGUCGAAAGACUCAUCGCUCGAGGGACGGCUCAUCCGCCGCAGCAGAUUACAGGGUGCGUCGACAAGCGAACCAUCGACGAGGUGAUGGACAGCGAUGAUGCAAAUGAUCCGAUCAAGCUCUUCCGCAUGCCAGCAAACUGGUACGCGCAAGAAGCACGAUUCGUGGCACGGAGAGGGGCGUCAUCCGAGGAUGACGGGUGGCUGCUCACGUACGUGUUUGACGAGUCCCAGCUGGAUAGCAGGGGCGAGUGCGGAGAGGAGGCCACAAGCGAGCUUUGGGUGAUUGAUGCGAAGAGCAUGAAAGACGUGACUGCGAAGGUCCGUCUCCCACAACGUGUACCAUACGGUCUUCACGGCGCGUGGUUCCCGGAAGAGGAGGUCCUAGGUCAAAGGCCAGUUGAGUCUUUCCGGCGUGAGGUUCCUGAGGAAGCGCUGGAUCUGUCGAGCGCGUUGUCACGGACACGGGACGUCAUGGAGAAGUUAGUCGGCUAAGGAAGCUGAGCUGGGGUAGGGGUAGGUGAUGCGGACAAUGUUGUGAGUGAUGAUAAGCGUAAGCGACUCGCGAAUGAUACCUCAGACACUGGAUGGCGAGUCCUUGAUUCUCUUUUCUUUUUUCUAUUGUCUGCAUUUAUACGAAGUAAGUAGGUAUAGUAGCAUCUUAAUAUACUCGUGAUACUACUACCUAGUAUUGCCGAUGGUCGAUCUCCGCCGAGAC